AAAGAAUCCGGGGAGCGGGACGCUCGUGGAGGCUCGUAUAUCGGGCGGACGAGAAGAUGCUAUGGUCGCGACCCUAGCUGCAGGUGACGUGUGGAACCUUGACCGGGGAAGUAUGACGCUAGGUGACGCAGACUUGCAGUACGAGGAGGGCGGAGAAGACGACCUUGCCCUCCUGAUUCGAAAAGGAGCAUACUGAGCAUAACGGCGCUCCCGGCUUAUGCAAGAGCUAUAGCGAUUAUUCUUGGACGAUGUCAUUGGCCACCGUGACGUCAUCUCAAGCUCCCAACUGAUAUAACCAGGGCUCUUAUUCAGUACUUCGUCCCAGAAACACUGUACACAUGCCAUGGCCUCUUCGAUCCUGACGCCGCUCUCUUCUCUCGCAGUCAGCAAACAUUUUGUCCCGAGAUUUAAUCGUGUACCAAAUUCUUCCGCUACUUCGAAGCCGUUGUUGGUAUAUCAUACCGUCUUCUCCCCGUCCGCCACCAAGUCGUCUAUUACCGCCCAUCUCUCCAAAAUUAACGUUAUCGAGCCUCACUGGACAUAUUCCAUGUAUCCGACCUCCCACUUCCAUUCGAACACGCACGAGGUAUUGAUCAUCCUCAAAGGCUCUGCUAAACUACUCUUCGGCGGUGAAGAGAACCUCGACAGAGUCGAAGCAGAUGUUACAAAAGGCGACGCGAUCGUGCUCCCAGCCGGAAUGGCCCACAGACUUCUCCAGGAUAAAAGUGGCGACUUCCAGAUGUUGGGCUGCUACCCGGUGGGCGCGGAUCAGUGGGACAUGUGCUAUGGAAAGGAAGGGGAAGGCGACGUCGAAGGACGCAUCAGAAAGCUGCGGUGGUUCGAAAAAGACCCUAUCUAUGGGUCUGAGGGGCCAGUAUUGGAAGUCUGAUCAGGGAGACUGUACAUGUUGAUCUAAUUCAUCUGUACAAGGACAUGACGCGCCUGCCGAGCUGCGAACGAACGACGGAUUUCUUACACCUGCAUCGAAGCUCUUGUGCCCGAGGUCGUUAGGAAUUACUCUUAAGGCUGCGGUCGCG